AUGAGCGUCGCUCCAGCUUCUGCAGAGCCUUCUGUGGACAGCUUAAUAUAUACCAUAGCGGGAUGCUCUGAACAUAGCAGUCGAUAUGUUGCAGAUAACAUACUCGUAGAUAACCCUAAGGAUCAGUCCAGCCGGUGGAGCGGCCUCCACGAAGAUCCUCACGUCAAACAGUGGCUCCUUCUACGGUUAGAGAACCCUGGAAUUAUUUACAAUAUCACCUUCGGAAAGUACUACAAGUCGCAUCCAUGCAAUAUGAAGGAAUUUAAGGUACUGAUCGGGAUGGAAGAAAGUGACAUGACCGAAGUCCUACACGCUUCUCUGAAGGACGACAAUGUACCCGAGACCUUUCCUCUCAGGCAUACCAAGGCAACUGGCGUAUUUACGCCUAGCCGUUUCCUUAAGAUUGUGCCUCUAACUGCACAUAGCAGUAGCUAUCAUAUCUCGAUCUGGCACGUCGCCUUGAGUGGUAUAAUGGAUCCUGCGUUCAUGAAAGAUGCCACGGCACGGUACGAGCAGCAUCGUGAAGCUGCUGCUCUCCGUCACAUCCUGAAGCAUCUUCGCACUCGUGGCUUACUAGCCCCAUACAAAGCCUUGCUCACUGCGUCCGACGUCCAACUAGAACACCCUCUCGUGACGCGGCUUUACGAGAGCAUCGUAUCUGAUGCUGAUUGGAGCGAGGCUGAGACUGUCAUCCAAUCAUCUGGAGACGCAGGCUUAUUCGACGCAUACCUGCAGAACUCGCAACCACGCGCGCUAUGGAAGCGCCUGCGCGGUCCUGAUUUCGACAGUCCGCAGCCAUCCCGUCGUGGCGGACAUGCUAUGUGUAUCGAUGAGGAUGCCGGUCUUCUCUAUCUCUUCGGCGGCUUCGAUGGUCACAAAAGUCUGGACGACUUCUGGUCCUAUUCCAUCGCCACCGACACUUGGACGUUGAUAGCAGAGCACGCGAGCUCAGGUCCAGGUCCGAGCGCGCGCUCUUGCCACAGAAUGGUCUUCGACUCGAGGAGAGGAUGUAUCUAUGUGCUGGGAAAGCUGACUGAUGGCGAUGGCGACGCGGACGACGUGAUGGGAGGAGCUCAUACGAGAGAGAGCUCGGCAGAUUCCACCUCGUUUCAAGACAGUCCCGGCGACUUCUGGUGUUAUCAUACGCAGGGUCCUAUAGCGGGCUCCUGGGAGCUAUUAUCAGACGACACUAGCGAUGCAGGUGGACCACUCUUACUGUUCGAUCACCAGAUGGUCAUGGACUCCGCGGCGCAGAUACUCUACGUGUGCGGUGGGCGAGUUCAUGAGGGUCACUCGAGCACCGCAAAGUAUUCCGGGCUGUAUUGCUACGAAGUUGCGUCGGAGAAGUGGACACUCCUUCAACCACGAGCGCCUUCGGGCGUACUCCACUCUGCGAUGUGGAAGAGAUAUGGACACUGCAUGGUCUUCGACCCAAGCUCUCGUUGCCUGAUCAUCUUCUCGGGCAUGGGUGACGAUGACCACUACUUGUCGGACAUGUACUCCUACGACAUCGAUACCAACACCGCGACGCAGCUUUACGUCAACUUCGCAUCCUCUGGUGGGCCCGACAAGAACUCGACCCAGCGUGCGGUGAUAGACUCUUCGUUGCAAGAGAUCUACGUCCUCUGCGGUCUCACACGCAAUCGCGCACAGCCUACCCGAACGGAGAGCACCACAUGGCUAUACAAGUACGACGAACAGCCAGGAAAAUGGGCACACAUCCUCGUUGAGGCCGGUAGUGGUAGCGAGCGUUCGCCGCAACCCCGUACGCGCUACGGUCAUCAAAUCGUAUACGAUUCGCGUACGAAGACAGUGUAUCUCCACGGCGGUAACGCAGGCCCGGUUGAAGACGAAGGCAACGAAGAGGUUGAGACAGUAGCGGAGCGUCGCUUGGAUGAUCUGUGGUGCAUGAUGCUGAAGAGACCCGAACCACAGGAGGCAAUACGUAGAGCGAAGUUCGAGCUGAGGUGCCAGCAAUUUCGCGAGAUGUGCGAUGCGGCACCACCUGUAGAAGCUCUGAAGUUCUUGCAGUCGCAAGUUGCGGAGGUUGUCGAUCACAAUACACCGGAGACGGACACCUUCAGUAACUUGCUAUCUUUGCUCUUGACGCGCCAACAGCAGUCGUCGACGCCUUCUGCGGAUAUGUCGUCCAUGUCACAGACGCGCAGCGAUCUUACGGACGUCAUCUCUCAGGACAGGCGCCUAGCGCGUGUCAAGGUGUUCGAGGGCCUUCUCGAAUUAUACCCCGCGGACGCGAAGCAACCAUCCCCAAACUUGGUGGAUAUGGUCGACUGGUACGAGCAGAGUGCGCACGGGUGA